ACUGUGUUCGUGUACACAGUAAUUUUGUUAGUCUAUACUUGGGCUCCAUAUUGGAUGGACGCACCUUAUUUAAGAUUAGUGUGUGUGCUUGUGUGAUACAAUAUUUUUAAAUUGGUGUGUUUUGGGGAAUUUAAAGGACAAUUCUAUGACAUCGGUUAAGGAAUUAUCUGACAGAUAACACAUUCUUUGGGCAUUUGGGUGUUAUAUAAUCAUAUUACACUAGUGUUUUUUUAUUCAAUCCCGAAUAGAAGUUUUAACCUUUUUUUGAAUAGAAAUUAAAAACUAGUUGGACAUGGCUGAGCACGGCCGCUCAGAUUCAUAUCGCGUUGCUACUAUUCCGUCAGUAAACGAUGACAAUAGAACAGCUGAUGGACAAUAUAAGUCAAAAAGGAAAACUCCCCAUAGAUCAAAACAGAGGAAAGCAGAUGAUUUAGAUGACCUUAAACAAGAAUUGGAUAUUGACUACCACAAGAUCACACCAGAAGAACUAUAUCAACGAUUUAGUACUCAUCCAGAAAAUGGUUUAAGUCAUGCAAAAGCAAAAGAAAAUUUAGAACGAGAUGGACCAAAUGCUUUAACACCACCAAAACAAACACCAGAAUGGGUUAAGUUUUGUAAAAAUUUAUUCGGAGGUUUUGCACUUUUACUGUGGAUUGGUGCAAUCCUCUGUUUUAUUGCUUAUUCAAUCUUAGCAAGUACCGUUGAAGAACCCGCCGAUGAUAACUUAUAUCUUGGUAUUGUAUUAGCUGCUGUCGUUAUAGUUACUGGUAUCUUCUCAUAUUAUCAAGAAAGUAAAAGUUCCAAAAUUAUGGAAUCGUUCAAAAACAUGGUGCCACAAUUCGCUACUGUGAUACGUGAAGGUGAAAAAUUAACAUUACGUGCCGAAGAUUUAGUAUUGGGUGAUGUAGUCGAAGUGAAAUUUGGUGACAGAAUACCCGCUGAUAUUCGUAUUAUUGAAUCACGAGGUUUUAAAGUAGACAAUUCAUCUUUAACUGGUGAAUCUGAACCACAAAGUCGAGGAGCUGAAUUUACAAAUGAAAAUCCAUUGGAAACCAAAAAUUUAGCGUUCUUCUCUACAAAUGCCGUUGAAGGUACAGCCAAAGGAGUCGUUAUCAGUUGUGCUGACAACACUGUUAUGGGUCGUAUUGCUGGUUUAGCUUCAGGUCUUGAAACCGGUGAAACACCAAUUGCCAAAGAAAUUCACCAUUUCAUUCAUUUAAUUACUGGUGUCGCUGUAUUUCUUGGUGUUACAUUCUUCGUCAUUGCUUUCAUCUUAGGAUACCAUUGGUUAGAUGCCGUUAUUUUCCUUAUUGGUAUCAUUGUAGCCAACGUACCAGAAGGUUUAUUAGCUACUGUAACAGUAUGUUUAACUUUGACCGCCAAACGGAUGGCAUCCAAAAAUUGUCUUGUCAAGAAUUUGGAAGCUGUAGAAACUUUAGGUUCAACAAGCACAAUUUGCUCAGAUAAAACUGGUACUUUAACACAAAAUCGUAUGACUGUUGCCCAUAUGUGGUUCGACAAUCAAAUCAUCGAAGCUGAUACCACUGAAGAUCAAUCUGGUGUUCAAUAUGAUAGAACAAGUCCUGGAUUCAAAGCUUUAGCACGUAUUGCUACGCUAUGUAAUCGUGCCGAAUUCAAAGGUGGCCAAGAAGGUGUACCAAUUUUGAAGAAAGAAGUUAGUGGUGAUGCAUCAGAAGCUGCCUUACUUAAAUGUAUGGAAUUGGCCUUAGGAGAUGUGUUGAGCAUUCGUAAACGCAACAAGAAAGUAUGUGAAAUUCCAUUCAACUCCACAAACAAAUACCAAGUGUCUAUUCAUGAAACUGAAGAUGCUAACGAUCCACGACAUGUAAUGGUCAUGAAAGGUGCCCCAGAAAGAAUUUUGGAAAGAUGUAGUACCAUUUUCAUUGGUGGCAAAGAAAAAGUUUUAGAUGAAGAAAUGAAAGAAGCUUUCAACAAUGCAUACUUGGAACUUGGAGGUUUAGGAGAACGUGUACUUGGAUUCUGUGAUUUCCUAUUACCGUCUGACAAAUUCCCAUUGGGAUACAAAUUCGAUUGUGAUGAUCCAAACUUCCCAUUGGAUGGACUUCGUUUUGUUGGUUUAAUGUCUAUGAUUGAUCCACCAAGAGCCGCUGUACCUGAUGCUGUAGCUAAAUGUCGAUCUGCUGGUAUCAAAGUUAUUAUGGUUACUGGAGAUCACCCUAUCACUGCCAAGGCUAUUGCCAAAUCUGUGGGUAUUAUUUCCGAAGGAAAUGAAACAAUUGAAGAUAUUGCACAAAGAUUAAAUAUCCCCGUCUCAGAAGUAAAUCCACGUGAAGCUAAAGCUGCCGUUGUACAUGGAACUGAAUUACGUGAUUUGGAUUCCGAUCAAUUGGAUGAUAUUCUUCGAUACCACACUGAAAUUGUUUUCGCUCGUACAUCACCACAACAAAAAUUGAUUAUUGUAGAAGGUUGCCAACGAAUGGGUGCUAUUGUAGCUGUCACUGGUGAUGGUGUCAACGAUUCUCCCGCCUUAAAAAAAGCUGAUAUUGGUGUUGCUAUGGGUAUCGCUGGAUCCGAUGUAUCCAAACAAGCCGCUGACAUGAUUUUACUUGAUGAUAAUUUCGCUUCAAUUGUAACCGGUGUUGAAGAGGGUCGUCUUAUUUUCGAUAACUUGAAAAAAUCCAUUGCCUAUACAUUAACAUCAAACAUUCCUGAAAUCUCACCUUUCUUGGCUUUCAUCUUAUGCGAUAUUCCCUUACCUCUCGGUACAGUUACAAUUCUUUGCAUCGAUUUAGGAACAGACAUGGUCCCCGCAAUUUCCUUGGCCUAUGAAGAAGCAGAGUCUGAUAUAAUGAAGCGUCAACCAAGAAAUCCUUUCACUGAUAAACUCGUAAAUGAAAGGUUAAUCUCUAUGGCAUACGGACAAAUUGGUAUGAUUCAGGCUGCUGCUGGAUUCUUUGUAUACUUUGUGAUUAUGGCUGAAAAUGGUUUCUUACCAUUAACAUUAUUUGGUAUUCGUAAACAUUGGGAUUCAAAGGCUGUCAAUGAUUUAACUGAUUCAUACGGACAAGAAUGGACAUACCGAGACAGAAAAACUUUGGAAUAUACAUGUCACACUGCUUUCUUCGUAUCAAUUGUCGUUGUACAAUGGGCUGAUUUAAUUGUAUGUAAAACUCGACGUAACUCAAUCGUACAUCAAGGAAUGAGAAACUGGGCCUUAAACUUUGGAUUAGUGUUCGAAACCGCACUUGCUGCCUUCUUGUCCUACACACCAGGAAUGGACAAGGGUCUUCGAAUGUUCCCACUUAAAUUUGUUUGGUGGUUACCUGCCAUUCCAUUCAUGUUAGCCAUCUUCAUUUACGAUGAAACUCGUCGAUUUUAUUUACGAAGAAAUCCAGGUGGAUGGUUGGAACAAGAAACCUAUUAUUAAGAAACUUAUAUUUUUUUAAUAAAAAUAUAUUUAAUUUCAUUUUACAAAAAAAA